GAAACUGCGAAGUGAAGGGGACAACAUUCUUGUCGGAGAUAAAGUCGUCUUAAUGCCGGUUAACGCGGGGCAGCCGCUGCACGCCAGCAAAAUUGAGCUCUUAGACAAUCCAGGAUGCAAGGAGGUGAAUGCAGUAAAUUGUAACACCAGUUGGAAGAUCACCUUGUUCAUGAAAUUUAGUUGCUACAGAGAGGAUGUGCUUAAAGGUGGAGAUGUUGUCCGGUUGUUCCAUGCCGAACAGGAGAAAUUUCUGACCUGCGAUGAAUACCAGCAGAAGCAACACAUUUUCCUUCGCACAACUUUGAGGCAGUCGGCCACCUCGGCAACGAGUUCGAAAGCCCUGUGGGAAAUAGAGGUGGUGCACCACGAUCCUUGUCGUGGGGGUGCCGGACAAUGGAACAGCCUGUUCAGGUUUAAACACCUGGCGACCGGAAACUACUUGGCUGCUGAACUUAAUCCUCUUUAUCCAGAUGGCUGCAAUGGGGAAAAGAUUCUGAAAGACAACGAGCUUCUCACUUUGAAGAAGAAACGGCAGGCAGGGGAGAAGAUUAUGUACACCCUGGUCUCGGUUCCUCACGGGAACGACAUCGCUUCUCUUUUUGAGCUGGACGCCACCACCUUGCAACGGGCUGAUUGCCUGGUUCCCAGGAAUUCCUACGUACGGCUGAGGCAUCUUUGCACCAACACUUGGGUGACCAGCACUAGCAUCCCAAUCGACAAGGAUGAAGAAAGGCCGGUAAUGUUGAAGGUAAAGAGGAAGUUGGUUAAAUCGGACUUUGUCUACAUGAAUGACUGCAACCUUCUCCGGCAGAUGGGUGGAUAAGAAAUACGAUAGAU